AUGAGCUCCGACAUCCAUCUCCGCGCAAUAACCCGCAGCCAAUCUCGAGACGGUGUCACGGAACCGGAAGCCGUGCACGUAACGGACCUGCGCCGGGUAUGCACGUCUCUCGAGUCCAACACUGUGAAGUACUGUGGCCCUGAGCCACUUGCGACACUCCCGACCGCGCUCGACGUUGAGGGAAGUGCGACCUUCGCCUCUCAUCCUUCAACCGAAGCGCUACCUGCUCUUCCGGCUCUUCCUGACGACGACGCCGAUGUAUUCGCCUCGCUGCCUCCUGUCGACGGGGGCCGAAGAGCAUGGACGUUCCUCGCUGCCGCCACCGUGAUGGAGACCAUCACGUGGGGCCUGACGUACAGCGUAGGCGUGCUGCACGCGUACUGGGUGAAGGAGAUGUUCCCCAACAACGAAAGCACAGUCACACUCGCCGCGACGCUGAUGAACGGAAUGCUCCUCGUCGCGGGCGGACUGUUUGCACCAGUGCUCACCUUCUUCGCCUACCACACGACAUAUCUUCAGCUCCUCGGACUGGCCUGUGGAACCGCUGCCCUCGUUGGGUCAGCCUUUGUAACCGAGGCAUGGCACCUCAUCAUCACGCUUGGAUUCCUGUACCCCAUGUCUAUGCGCGCCGCCGUCGGCGGUGUCGUGUUCCCGCUCAUGGGCGAAAGUCUUCUCAAUCGCAUCGGCUACAAGGGCACAAUGUACUCGCUCGGCGGCCUGUUCGGCGGAGCCAACGCCGCGUCCAUGAUCUUCGUCACGCGCCGCAUUCCCCUCCCCUCAAAACGAUCGGGACGGCGUGCGCAGACCUUCUGGCCGAAGCUCGACUACGGCUUCCUGAAGCACCGCGCAGUGUACAUGAUGGGCCUGUGGGUGCUGGUGUCGGCGAUGGCGGCCUUCCUGCCCUCGCUGUGGAUGACGACCUUUGCCUCGGACGUCGGUGCGAUGAACGGCACCUCACUCGUGGCGAUCAUGUACGCGUGCUCUGUCGUCGGCAACAUCGCGACCGGAUGGUUGGUCGACCGGUAUCAGCCGCGCAUCGUUGUGUUCACCGCAUGCGUGUCGGCGGGCUUGGCGGCGUGGCUCCUAUGGGGCUUCGGCACGAGCAACGCUUGCCUCGUCGCAUUCUGCGUCAUCUGGGGCCUCACAGCGCUCUGCUCCGCGUCGGCGUGGGGCCGCAUGGUCGCCUACAUCGGCAAGGACGACCACACCCUGCCCGGGCUCCUGACGAGUCUCAUGAUGAUGCUCCGCGGCGUCGGCAGCUUUGUCUCUGGCCCUCUGUCCACGGCUCUCCUGAGCCAGGGCGCGCUCAAAGGCGCAGUCUCGGCUUACCGCUCUAACUAUGGCGCCAUGCUCAUGUUCACGGGCGUCGUCACUUUUGUUGGCGGCGUGAUCGGCGGUGGCUUCCCGACCGUCUGA